AUGUCAAUGUAAUGGACCGAGAGUAAAAUAAGAAUGCAAAAGGUGCUUAAAAAUAUGGACUUACUUAAAAACGAGGUCCUCUAUAACGAACAUAAAAUUGAAACACUGAGAUAGAACAUAUUUUAGUAAAUUGAGUUAGAUGAAAAAAAGAAAAAUACUAGUUUGCCAACAGUCAUUGAGGGUGAUGUAAAUUCAUCCAAUGAAAAUGAAGAAAACUAAAAAGAUUAGAUAAAUCAUCAUGUCACACCAGCCUUUAGAAAUGAUUUGCUAUCAAACCAUGACUAUCAUGAUCAAAUAUUUGAAAUGCAUUUAGAAGACAAAGUUAUUCCAUAGAUAGAGAAGGAAAAAAGGUUACACGGCAAUUAUGAUUCUAUCAAUGAAGAUGAUUCUGAUGAAGAAAUACAAAAGUCUUAAGACCCUGUUGAUGAUAAUGUACCUUUUUGGGAAGAUUUGAAGUUGAAUACUACCCAGUAGGUGUAGACAAGCACAUUUAAUAAUGAUGGAGGUUCAAAGGACAAUGUGGAGAACUUUCUAAAUGACUUGGGAAAGAAAUAUGACGAUUUUGACACUGUGAGGAGGUUACAGCAAACCCUAGUAGGUAAGAGGGUCAUGCUUAAGAUAAAGUAACUUGAGGACGAAAAACUCAGAGCAUAUAAAAAAAUUGAAAUGGUAAAAAAAGGAGUAAUCAUUGAAAAAAAGAAUAUCGCUGUACAGAUGGAGAAUAAAAUGAGAGACUUUUAUAGGAGUAUCAUUGAAAAAUUCGUGGACCUCGUUCAAAAAGAGGUGCAAUUGACCUUUGAUUAGACAACAUUUUUAAGAUAAGAUCUCAUCUAAAGAGAUAAAAUUCUCAACAAACUUUCUCAGAUAAUUUGUGCUUAGGAAUAGUACAUUGAAGAAGUUAGAAAUAAGAUAGCUAAUAGGGAUUAUUAAGGACUUGAGCUUUUUGUAUUUGUUAAUACAGUUCAAGGUGGAGGAAUAAUACCUCACUCGAUUGUUUAAAACUUUAAAUAGCAAGGAGAAAAAAACCAAAGAGAGAAAUUCUUUAGUAGAUUUACCCCUAAUCAAACUCUCAGACCUACUUCUACAAUCGUUUCAUUAGAAGCAGAGUCAAAUUUAACCCCUAGUGUUGCUGAAGGACAUCAUAAACAUGAGGCAACCUUUUCUUAAUCAAAUAUAGCUAGUAAUAAAAGUUCUCAUUAGGGUCUAAAAUUUCUAGGAGAUGAUCAAAGAAAGAUAAGCAUUGUGAAUUCUGCAGAAAACACACCAAGAGAAAAAGAAAAAGAAAUGGUCAAAGAUAAGAAAAUGCAUGUAUUUAAACUAAAAGUUAAAGAUGAAGUACUGUUGGAGGAAAAUAAAUAUCUAAGAGAUUAAUUCGAUCAACUUAAGGAACUAACUAUUCAAUGGUUUGCAGAAAAAGCCACAUUAUUAAACAAGAUAGCAUUUCUGGAGCACCGAAUCAGAUAAAUGUCUGAAGAUAACUCAAGCAAAAUAGUGGAGCUUGAAUAGUAACUUUCUGAUUUUAGAAAAGAAUAUGAAGAAACAAUGAGAAUUUAUGAACAAGAGAAGAAGCAAUAUAAAUUUGAGAUGAGUAAAGAAUUGGGUAUUAAUGAGGUGCUUAAUUAAAGAUAGAACGAAUACAUAGAGAUUUUAAAGAAAGAGCUAGUGAUAGCUAAAAAUAUUAUAAAAAGGCCUAGAGAGUUACUCAAGUUUAGCAGAGAUUAAGGAUUUCACAGAAUAGAGAUUUAUAAAUAUGAAAAAGUGCCAAAAUCUCAUUCAAUUAAUGUAUCUCCUAGAAAUCCAAUGAAUGAUAGUCUUAUUUAAGAAAGUGUUAAAACGCCUAUGAUUAAAAAUGAAAUGUCUGCAGAAACUGAAUCUAACUAUCCUUCAUUCAGGGUGUAGAUCAAGGCCUAAAAUAAUCCGCAAAGAAAUGCUCAAACUUAAAUGACUAAUUAAAGUUCAUAGGGUACUCAUAACUAUCAGAGACCACAAACAGUAUUUGAUAUUGAGACUGUGAGGAAUUUCGGCAAUGUGAGCCAGCAGUUUUAAGAUUAAGUGAAUCGUGUUUAAACCUCCGACUAUAUGACUAAGAGACUUUAGAAUCAGAAACAAAAGAGACUCAAUGGAAGCAUCAAUCUUAAAAGUGUGCAUCAGGACUCUACUAAUUACAGUCAGACUACAAGUCCAUCAAUGAAAAUGAAUAAUAAUUUUCCGCCAAGAAGAAAUUCUAUAAAUAACCAAAACAUAAAUAAAAUGACUUCAGACUAUAUUGAAAGUUCUUUAAUGGGCAGAUAAUCAAUCCUGUCAAAGAGAGCAUUAAAAGCUAAUCAAGUUAGCAAUAUCAAUUCUUCAUCUAUUAUGCUAGAUUAGUCAUAGAAGUCAAACAUUUUAAUUCAACCAAAUAACAUAAGUACAAAUAAUUCAUAGGAUAUAUUUUCAAAAGAGCAUUAGAUUGCAGAAAACUUUUAUUGA